GGAAGAGGGCGGUUUUUUUUUUCUUUCUGUCAUUUUGUUCAUUCAUUUAUUCGUUCAUUUUUAUAUGCUUUCCGAAACCAGUUAAUGAGGCAACGUAGUGUAGUUGUUAAGACUGCAGACUCUGGAGACUGACUGUCUUGAUUUUCCCUCUCAGCUGUUUCUGACAUUAGGCAAGACAGUGGGCCUCACCUUCCACAUCUGAAAAAUGGGAUAAUAAUUUUGUCUACUUAUAGGGUAGUUGGGAGAAUUGAAUUAAACAGUAAAGGCAAAGGCUGGCACAUAGUGGGCACUAAUUAAAUGCCAGAUAAUUACUGUGUUGCAGACACUGUACUAAGAUUGUGGUCGUGAGGGAUAGAUGAGAGAAUAAAAUUGAUUGCGAUGAAUACUAGUUAAGUCUAGGGAUAAAUGCUGUGACAGAGAUAUGCAAAGUGCUGUGAGAAUAUAAUGAAGGAGGAUGUACUGGGUAGGUGAUGGAAGGUGGUGACUUAAGCUAUACUUAAGAAUGAAGACAAGUCUGCCAGGGAUGUGGUGGGUGGCAGGGCAUUGCUGACAGAGAUCACAGCUUAAAGAGUCAACUGUGGAAAUGCAUGGCAUUCUUAAAAUGAGUAGUAUGAUACCGUUAGAACUAGGGUGGUCAUUGUCUCCAGGAAUCUCUUCCUUUGUGCUUCCACUGCACCAGGUCUGCACCUCUAGAACAGCACUAAGCCCACACUUUCAUAUUGAAGCGUUCUGUUUAUGUUUUUCUCCCUCACCCCAGGUCGGAGAUCUUGGCCUUAGUCUUUGUCUCCUCACAUAAUACCUGGCAUUUGAUAAAUGUUUGUUGAAUUUGAAGAGACAUAUGGGCAAUGAAUCUGGAAAGGGAGAACAUCUUCGGUCCUACAGUGUUGGUGACACUGACAUUUUUCUGAGUGGUCCUGAACAACCUACUUUUUAUGUAAAUAACGGGCUAGACUUCAUAUUUUUCACUACAGAAGUUUAUAACCUACAGUUGCCAGAGAUUUAAAGACACUAGUUUAGGAUAUCAUCUACAUUUAACUUGGAAGCUCUUCCUUUCUUAUUCCAAAAUGUUGAGAUACUGGGGAGAGAUACCAAUCUCAUCAAGCCAGGCCAACAGAAGUUCCUUUGAUUUGCUCCCACGGGAGUUCCGUCUGGUGGAAGUCCAUGACCCUCCUCUGCACCAACCCUCAGCCAACAAGCCCAAGCCCCCCACUAUGUUGGACAUCCCCUCAGAGCCAUGCAGCCUCACCAUCCAUACCAUUCAGCUUAUCCAGCACAACCGACGUCUGCGCAACCUCAUUGCCACAGCUCAGGCCCAGAAUCAGCAACAGACAGAAGGUGUAAAGACUGAAGAGAGUGAACCUCUUCCCUCCUGCCCUGGGUCACCUCCUCUUCCUGAUGACCUCCUUCCUUUAGACUGUAAGAAUCCCAAUGCACCAUUCCAGAUCCGGCACAGUGACCCAGAGAGUGACUUUUAUCGUGGGAAAGGGGAACCUGUGACUGAACUCAGCUGGCACUCCUGCCGGCAGCUCCUCUACCAGGCGGUAGCCACAAUCCUGGCCCAUGCAGGCUUCGAGUGUGCUAAUGAAAGUGUCCUGGAGACCCUAACUGAUGUGGCACAUGAGUACUGCCUUAAGUUCACCAAGUUGCUGCGCUUCGCUGUGGAUCGGGAGGCUCGGCUGGGGCAGACUCCUUUCCCUGAUGUUAUGGAGCAGGUAUUCCAUGAAGUGGGCAUUGGCAGUGUGCUCUCCCUCCAGAAGUUCUGGCAGCACCGCAUCAAGGACUAUCACAGUUACAUGCUACAGAUUAGUAAGCAACUCUCUGAAGAGUAUGAAAGGAUUGUCAAUCCUGAGAAGGCCACAGAGGACACUAAACCUGUAAAGAUCAAGGAGGAACCUGUGAGCGACAUCGCCUUCCCUGUCAGUGACGAACUGGAGACUGACCUUGCUUCUGGAGACCAGUCACUGCCCAUGGGAGUCCUUGGGGCUCAGAGUGAGCGCUUCCCAUCCAACCUAGAGGUUGAGGCUUCGCCACAGGCUUCAAGUACAGAGGUAAAUGCUUCCCCUCUUUGGAAUCUGGCCCAUGUGAAAAUGGAGCCUCAAGAGAGUGAAGAAGGCAAUGUCUCUGGGCAUGGCGUGCUGGGCAGUGAUGUCUUCGAGGAGCCCAUGUCAGGCAUGAGUGAAGCUGGGAUUCCCCAGAGCCCUGAUGACUCAGACAGCAGCUACGGUUCCCACUCCACUGAUAGCCUUAUGGGGUCCUCCCCUGUUUUCAACCAGCGCUGCAAGAAGAGGAUGAGGAAAAUGUAAAAGGAAAAGAGAGAGAUUUUCUGUCCAAACCUACAAGACCCAACAGAAAACCUUGAUUAUUCAAAUUUGUUUUGAUAAAAAUGAUUUGACUCUUAUUCUUAAACACAGUGGGUUUUCCUGAUUUCAGUGGAACUGGAUUUAACAAAACAAGUUUGCAUUUUACUUUUGCAUCCAUUUUUUGUAGUUUUCCACAACAACCAAGCCACCUUUCAGACAGACCACGACGCUGGGACCGUAAUCAGGAAACCAAAGCACUGUCCCUGACUGUUGUCUUUACUGUGUGGUUAGACAAGUUACUUAGCUUCUCUAGAGCCAUUUCUCUUGCACAACCGAGAAGAAUAAUACCGCUUUGACGUACCUUGCAGGGAUGUUGUGAAGAUCGAGAUGUUAUUAAACCUCAAAUCUGUGCUUGAACAGACUCACAAGUAAAUAUAUGCUGAUAGCAAAUGUCAAUUUUUUAACUUGCUUCAUUUUUUGGUUGAAGUCAUUAGGAAUCCAGUACUAAUACCUAACAGGAAAUAACUAAACACUGCACAACUUACCUAUCAGUAGUCUUUUUAAAACUGUUUUUGCUGCCCAUGAAGUCUCACAAAAUCAGAGAUCUGUGGUGACAGCCAUUUUGCACAUUCAGACAGCCCUCUCCUAUUUCACCCAUGUAUUUCUUCCUUUUCUAGACUUAUUCCAUCUAUCCCUAACCUUUUUAUUUCCACUCAGAUAUUUUAUAUUUUCACCAUGUACAUUUUCUCAAUUGUUUCUUUCACUUUCUCUUUUGUGAAUGAAGUAAACAGGACCUUCCAAGGA